GGGCGAGAAGAAAAUCGCGGCUAGUCUCACUCACUAUUCCGUACACGUCAUUUCACCGCAUCAAAAUAUUCAAUAAUUUCAAUAUUUCCACAAAUUUGACAGAAACUUAUUUCGAUUGAAACUUGGAUUGGAAAUAGUCAAAGAUGGACAGUUCAUUACUGGAUCCUACCCUGUACAUUGUGAAGGGGAUGGUGAUAAUGGACAAUGACGGAAAUCGCCUCCUUGCAAAGUAUUUUGAUUCCGUCAAUUUCCCGUCGGUCAAGGAGCAAAAGACGUUUGAGAAAAAUCUGUUUCAAAAAACACAUCGGGCCAACUCUGAAGUUAUCAUGUUGGACGGACUCACCGUUGUUUAUAAGAGCAAUGUCGACCUAUUCUUUUAUGUGAUGGGAUCGUGUAAUGACAACGAGCUCAUCCUGAUGACCGUGUUGCAUUGCAUGUACGACGCUGUAAGCCAAAUUCUGAGAAAAAAUGUGGAAAAGAGGAAUCUGUUGGAAAAUUUGGACGUCGUAAUGUUGGCUAUGGAUGAAAUCUGCGAUGGAGGAAUUAUUCUGGAAGCGGAUCCAAGUGCAGUUUGUCAAAGAGUAGCUUUGCGGGGCGAUGACAUUCCGAUCGGGGAGCAGACCGUUGCUCAAGUAUUGCAAACGGCAAAGGAACAAUUAAAAUGGAGUUUGUUAAAAUAAAAUUGCAUGCACGUCUAUAAAAUAAGUUCGUAAGGUACUUUUAUUUUGUAAUUGGGUAUAUUUAAGUAUCACAAUUAAAAUGAAUUAAAUUUAUAAUACAA